CCUGUAUUAUCAGCAAUAUAACAAUUAUAAAAAGCCCGAGAACCAUCAUCAUCACUGCCAUAAAAACUGAGGCCCUCAGAUUUCUUUCCCUCUCCCCCUCCUCCUCCCUCUUCCCCCCUCCCACUUUUUAAACCCUGGGCCCUGGAAAAGCCAUGAAUUUUGAAUUUGAGAGGGAGAUCGGGUUUAUAAAUAGCCAGCCUUCGCUCGCAGAGUGCCUGACGUCUCUUCCCGCUGUCCUGGAGACAUUUCAAACUUCAUCAAUCAAGGACUCGACAUUAAUUCCUCCUCCUUUUGAGCAAACCGUCCUCAGCCUGAAUCCUUGUUCCAGCAGCCAGGCAAGACCGAGGAGCCAAAAAAGAGCAUCUCAUGGCCUGCUCCAGCUCCAGCCCCAGCCUCCGGCACAGCCCGGCCCCUUGGCAGCGGAAUUCCCCUGGAUGAAGGAGAAGAAAUCCUCCAAGAAAUCUACCCAGGCUCCAUCCUCUUCUUCCUCCUCUUCCCCCCCAUCAUCUUCCUCGGUGCCGGUCCCUGCCGCAGGAUCUCCUGCAGACAUCCAGGGGCUGGCAGACACCAGCGGCUCCAGGAGGCUCCGGACCGCGUACACCAACACGCAGCUGCUGGAGCUGGAGAAGGAAUUUCACUUCAACAAAUACCUCUGCAGGCCCCGGCGGGUGGAAAUCGCGGCUCUGCUCGACCUCACCGAGCGGCAAGUCAAGGUCUGGUUCCAGAACCGCCGGAUGAAGCACAAGAGGCAAACCCAGUACAAAGAAACCCCUGACGGGGAUCUCGCCUACCCCAACCUGGACGAGGGCAGCGACCCGGCGGAGGAGGCUGAGGAGAGCCCGGCUUUCGGGCCGGCUCCGGAGACCGGCGGGCCCUACCGGAGGGAGAAGCCGGGGAGCGAGGAGCCCGGGAGCCCGCGGUUCGCGGCGGCGGGGGCCAGGGGGGAGCCCGGGGCCGUCGCCGGCCCCUCGGACCGUGCCUACCCCGAGAGCCAGGACUCGCCUUUGUUGCCAGAGCUGAGCAUCUUCUCGGCAGAGUCCUGCCUGCAGCUCUCGGAGGGGCUUUCCCCCGGUCUCCAGGGCUCCCUGGAGAGCCCCGUCCACUUCUCCGAGGAAGACUUGGACUUUUUUACAAGCGCACUUUGUACUAUAGAUUUGCAACAUUUAAAUUUCCAAUAGCCGCCCCCGCUCCCCGCCCGCCUCGCCGUUUCUGGUUUCUGUCCCGUCCCGAGCCACCGCCAGCUCCCCCCAGGCUUCCGCAAGGAGGGGGGGCACCCCAAAAAUAAACCCCAGCCAUCUCUCAUUCAAUCACCUCAUUCCACCCCCCAAACACUUUCUUUUAAAGCUUCUCACACUGUGGGACCCGCAUCACCCUCCCAAUAUUUAUUCUAGGAGGCUCACAUGAAAGAACGGCCCGAGUUUUGCUAAAUGCAGGUAUUUAAGUAUAGUUUUAAUAUUUUUUUCUUAUUUAUUUUAAAGAAAGCACCCGAUAGUUCUCACGCACGUCAGAGAUGCCAGCCCCCAAGAGAAAACAUUUGUAAAUCCUUCAAGCGACUUUCUCAGGAAUCAGAACGAGACUUUUAGAUUUCUUAAUAAAAUAAAAUAAAAACAGAGGAAUUUUCCUUCCUCUUUUUAAGUUUUAGAUGUAGACUAUUUAUUCAAAUCCUUUAAUAGUAAAUGGCAAAUUAUUUAUUG